GUGACCAGGGAUCACAGGAAACACGCGACAUAGAUUUAAAAAAUCAUUCUGUCUAGCAAACAAGAUAUUACUCGUUGGUUGACAGCUUACUCUCGUUAACGAUUUUUGUGGAGAUUAACAAAUCUCGUCAGGAUUUUAAACUAGAACAUGGCCAAAGUCAUUGUCGUAUUUGGUGCCAAUAGCGCACUUGGUGCAGCAGUUGCAAAGAGUUUGACGAAAGACAGCAAUUGUAUGGUUAAAGCCGUGGAUCCCGAUGGCUCCGGUCCCUAUUCUUCCGAAAUCCGCGCCAGUGGUGCUCAGGUGGUUCCGUGCAAUCUGGAUGACGUCGGAAGUAUCCGGCAGGUGCUCUCUGGGUGUGAAUGUGCUUUUGUAACAACUGUUUCCAAUUUUAAUAAUCCUGAUUUUAUGGACGAAGAAAUCCGACAAGGGAUGAACAUUGCUGACGCAUGUGCAGGCAGUAAUGUAUCACAUGUUGUGUUCAACACUGGUCUCCACACCAUUAAAAUCAUUGGCACUGCAGCGCGCCAUCUGGUGGCCAAAGCUGAAGUAGAAGCCUACAUGAAAGGAAAGGGGAUACCAUUAACCUCGCUGUUGAUACCUACUCUGUACGAGGAUAUCCUGGGUAUUCUUCAGCCUCUUCCAGCCGGUCAGAACAAUAGAUGGCUAGCCAUCCCUAUGGGCAUUACGUCUCUGGACAUGAUCAGUGUGGACGAUGUGGGCAACAUUGUUCGCGUCAUCUUUAACAACAGAACCGGGCACCUGCACAAAACACACAGCGUGUGCGGUGACAAACAGACCAUAAAGGAGAUGGCCCAGACCCUGUCUCGACACCUCUCUCCUCUGUACUUUAAAGAUAAACAGGUAACGAUACACGAGUACCAGCAGCUGAACGCCCAGUUCCCGUGGUCCCAGGAUUACACCAAUAUGUUUGAUUUUAAUCUCCGCGUUGACCAAAGAUUUAACGUGGAUGCCACACAACGGAUAAGCUCGUCAUUAUGUAUUAAGUCGUUCGAUGAAUGGGUUCAUAGAAACGCCGGAAAAUUAAAGAAGGCUUUCACGUGAAAACAUGUGAUUAACAAUAAUUAUUAUAUUUUGACACUUCAUGUAACGUUUAGUGGUUUGUCUGCACCCAGAAUCAUCUCAACGUACAGCAAUUUUUCUACGUGACAGACACAUGUUAUUGGACGCAAAGCUUGUAAAUUGUGAAACAUAUUUUAUUCUGUGAAUGGAAAUAUUAUAUAUAGAUAUAUAUUUCUCAGAAUUUUAAGCACGUCCUUGAUUGUUGCAAUUAUGAUAUAAAACUUCUUUUUGAAAUCAC